AUGCAGGGAGCACAAAGAGGGUUAGGCCACACUGCACAUGGCGCGGAUUCACUGACUAGCUGCUGCUGUCCUGGCGAUGCAGGCACAGUGGCAGUUAUUCCCAGUGGAGCUCACCCUGUUGCACGAGCACCGGAAGUCUCCGGUUCGAGCAAAAGCACCAUGCCUUUAACCCAAAGGCCGGGGAUCCGACAUCACAGAUUUGCUCUUACAGUGCCUUUCCCGACCUCUUUGGAGGCAGAAAUCGCCUGUGGGUCCCUAGCUCCUGAUGCCGAACCGCACCAAGGACUGUUGGGGAAGGAGCUUAAAGUGAGCGGCUGCGUGCUGGAAGUACACUGGAUCUCGGAAGACUCUCGCCUCCUCCGAAUUUCCAUCAUGAACUUUCUUGACCAGCUUUCCCUAGUGGUGAACACCAUACAGCGCUUUGGGCCCCCAGUUUCUCGUUAAGCCUGGCUAGGAGAAGGCGCUCAGGUUUGACCU